AUUUCACCCUUCCAUUUUAAUUGUGACGUCGCAUUAAUUCUGCUUGUAUUAUACGCCGUAGUAGUUCGGUAGCACUAGAAGCUGGCGAGCAGCUUUAGGCACUGAGGAAGCACCUUAAGUGCUCGUAGUUUAAGCUAUAGAAACCGCCACUUCCAGUUUGUUUGGACUUUGUAUUAAUAUUGUUCUCAUAUAUCAGUUUUCCGUCGUCAGCUAACGAGGUAAUUGGGAAUACGAACAGAGAAAAACUAUAUUACUUAAACGUAACGUGCCAGCACGCUAGCCCGAGACCUAGCUACCUAGCUAGAAGGUAGCAAGCUCGGUUGUUUGCUAACGUAACAUUAGCGGUAUCUGUUCCCUUGUUGGAGGCGAUGCUGUCAAAUUGAUCCCCCUGGUGGUAGAUUUUCCCAAGCGUGCUCUCUGGCUUGAUGGUGUCGGAGGCGAAGAUGGCUAAGAGCUGGCAGGACGUAGUGAUUCAGCAGGCCGAGUUGAUAUCGAGUCGCCUGAGAGAGCUACUGUCCUCCGGCCUAGGCCUACUCCGCUCCGAGCUCGGGGUAGAUUUGGGUCUGAAGCCGGAGCUUUAUCCGUCUUGGGUUAUUCUCUUAACGGCGGUCAUUGGGUUGCUUCUGAUCGUGUUCUCUUGGGCCGCGGCCUGCAACGGACUGUUCGGUGGAAGGAAACGUGGAGCACGGGCAAAUGAAGAUAUCAGCGACAGCACAAAUGACUUGGUGACAAAGAUUGUCAAAACCGAGGAUCAGAAGAAAAGGAACAAAAAGAAACCAAAUGAAAAGAAAACUCAGUCAAACGGCGGUACGCCACCAGAGCUUCAGGAGGCUGAUCAAGUUACUGAAGAAAUCCCGAAACCAUCCCCAGAUAUCAAAGCUGAAAAGGCAAAGAAAAACAAGAAGAAACCAAAAACCGAGGCCAAGUCAGUAGUGAACGCAUCCUCUCCUGAUGGGAAGGAGCCAGAUGAAGGCGCCUGGGAGACCAAGGUCAGCAACCGGGAGAAGCGGCAGCAGCGGCGGAAGGACAAGGCGCCCGGCGACGAGUCUGGCAGCCCCGGAGGAGCGGACCCCCCCCUCAGAGCGCCUGCAGAGCAGCCCGCUGUCCCUGCCCCCGCCCCCGCCCCCACGGGCCUGAGGAAGAGCAGAGGUGAGCCGCCGCACGUGAAGCAUGGGAAAGGAGAAGCCGUCCUAUCACAGGUGACAGCCAAUUGGAGCGAGCCGCUGGCGGUGAAUGGCGGGGGGUGGAACGACAUGGCCAUGAAGCUCCCCAGUCAGAUGAGCUCCUUGGACGGGGAAAAGUGGCCCAACAUCCCAAAGGAGCCCCCGCAUGCCUGGGGGCCGGAGGCUGCAGGUUCUUGGAGUGGCUUAGAUGGGAGGUUGAAGAAGGACCUGAAUCCAGUCUCCUUGCCUGUCAUUGGAUUGAACACUACUGGAGAAGAGCCAGUGUCCCAGCCUGCUGCUGUCCUUCAGUGCUACUCUCAGCCUCCUGUGGAUGAUCAGUGGUCUGGCCUUAAUGGGAUGGGCGACGUGGACCCCAGCUCGGACUGGAACCCUCCCUCUGAGCUGUGGGGGAAUUAUGAGGAACCCCAACCAGAGAUCUCCGCCCCACCAAAGGACUCCGCCCCUGAGGCUGUGAAGGCGUCUGACGAUGAAAAGGAGAAGGGCGACGCCUCCAAGGGCGACGGCAAGUCCAAGAAGAAGAAGAAAAAGAAGAAGAAACAGGAGGAUGCUGGCGCCGCCCUCCAGGAGUCUGAAGAGCCGGAGAAGGAGGCUGCGGAGGAGCUGAGGCCCCCGGUCCAGGAGACGCUGCGCUAUGGGACUCCCGCUUUAGUCGACGAGAGCCUGUCCCAGAAGCCCUCUUCACAAGUGCCACACAGGCUCCCUGAGCCGGAGACCCUGCUGCCCACUGCCAAGCAGAACAGCACCCCUCCCUCCUCACAGAAAAAAUCUGAAGAGAACUGGGAGCCUCCAAAGCAAGUCCAAAAGAAAAAGAAGGCAAGAAGAGAAACAUGAGUUUGACCUGGAGUCCUGAUGAUGAUUUAUAUGCAAAACCAGUUCUGAAUUAUUCAUGCAAUAAUUGGAGUGUACAGUGUUUUUUAAGUCAAAAAAAUUUACUGUACUUUUUUUAUGCUAAAAAAAAAAAAAAUUAAAAAAACUUUGGAGCCGAACCAGCUCCGACAUCCCAGUACAGCUCCUGGGGUCCUGAGAGCUCGGCUGGCUCUCUGCACUCUCUGACCCGCUGCUCGAUUUGAAGGAGGAAUUAGCAUUUCUGAUUGACAUGCAGUUGGGCACACGAAUAGAAAUCUUUUUCUCAAUUCUGAUGUAAAUCGGUUUGUAAGAUGUACGUUUACCUGAUUUAGAUACGCCUAUUUGCCUGUUUUAAAUAUGUGGCCGGUAUUUGCUUUGAACUGAAAAGUAUCAUGAAACAAGUCCUCGACUCUUACAGUAGACCUGCUCUUGAAUGCUUUUCGCGUAUUGCACGUGACAGUGUUGCUGCCGUUUACUGCAAGUGGCAGCUGAUCCAGGCCGUAGAAAUGAAUAGCAUAUGAAGUACUCCAAAGACAACACUAGGGGCAGUAGCGCGCUGAAGCUGACAGUAUCUGGUUAAUUCUCAAAAUCGGCCUGUGAAAACUAAACAUUUCUUUUGAGACUUUUCUGUGUAACUUACUCUGAGAUGUUUCCCUUAGUGACAUUUUUCCCUUGAUUUAGAUUUGUUACUGAAAUACCACUUCUUUGAGGACACUUUCUGACUCUGUCCUUGCACUCCUGAUGGUUAGUUCUGAACCUUCUGGUGACCUCCUUGAAAUAGAAAAAAAGCCAUGCUGUCUGUGAAGGAUCAAAGGGCCUUGUCUGUGGACGGUUGUCUGUUCUGUCAGUGCACUGUGCUCCUGGCUCGAAGCUCCUGAACAUUUUCUUACAUUACAGUAUUUAGAAGACUGUGGUAGAAUGUAAAGAUGUCAUUCCUGAAUGUUUUUUUUUUUUUUGUUUUGUUUUUUUUUUGUUUUUCACUCGUGAAGUGCACUAUGUCAUGUGACCAGGAAAGGGUUGGACAUUUUGAACAGCUUUAAUCCACGUGGAUCCGAUUUAUUCAAAUGGUUUUCAGGAAUGAAAUUCUAUUGCCUUAACCUGUAAGUAUAUAUGAUGUGCUUUUUUAGACGUGUUGACUGCUAGUUUUUCCGCAUCCUCUCAAGUUGUCAGUGGCAAGGGCAGUGACUAGAGAGGGGCUCCACUAGGCUGAUCUUAAGUUUCACUUCAGAAAUAGGUUUACUUGUGCAUGAAACCCAUAAACACGCUUGGACACUGCAACUAAACACAAAAGAUAGGGGGGGGGGUUUCUUAACGACUAGUAAUGCUGUGAGGAGUACCACUCACUGUACAUAGCCUUUUGUGUGUUUAAAAAGUGGACCAUGCACAUGGAGCUGAUGCUUUACUCUGCAGGGCCUUGUUCGGUGAGGCCUUUGAGUGAGAGAAGUGUCCCACAAUGCAUCAGUACUCAGACCUGCGGCUCUUUAGUGCAGUCCAUUUGUGGAUCGGUCUGUCGACGCUAAUGGAGGUACUUGGAGAGUAGCUUCAGGAGACCCCUGCCUUACUAGUGAUGGUCUGUUGGGUUGUUGUUUUUUUUUUUUUCUAAACAAAUAAUGACUACAUUUUAAAUCUGUGUAUUUCUACCUGUUUCUGGCCUGUAGAAACCAGUACGAUUACAUAUGUAUUAAGGUGUUUGUUAAUUGAAAUGAUAUUUCGAAAAUGGAUUUGUUUGAAUAAAUUGAAACUUGAUCUGCUGAA